GACGCGCCGUACGACGUCAACUUCUGCUUCCCCGUCUGCGAGCUCGAGGACGACCGCGUCCUGCUCACGCCCUUCCUCCCCGCCGUCCAUGCCGAGCCCUUCUUCGCCGCGACCGCGCCCCACCCAGAGCUCUACACCUACCUUCCCUUCGGCCCAUUCCCCUCCGCCGCCGCCUUCGUCUCCGACCUCAUCGCCGCACGCAUCCAGCCAGACCCCUACUCCGUCCUCUUCGCUGUCUUUGCCAAGCCUCCUUCCGCCGACGCCGACGCCGACGCCGACGCCGACGGCCGCGCGACGCUCGCAGGCAUGAUCGGCUUCCUCGGCACAUCCCCAUCCAACCUCUCCACCGAGCUCGGCUUCCUCCUCACCCUCCCGCGCUUCCAGGGCGCCCCAGGCAUCACGCCGCGCGCCGUGCGUCUCCUCCUGCGCCACGCGUUCAGCGCGCUGCGCCUCCGCCGCGUGCAGUGGCGCGCGCACGUGCUCAAUGCGCGCUCUGUGCGCGCCGCGCGCCGCGCGGGGUUCCGGUGGGAGGGCGUGGCGAGGUGCGAGCGCGUGCUGCCGCAAGGGAAGGUUGGGGAUGGGCGCGGGGUACCUGCAGGGGCGGAGGGCGAGGGGCCGAGUCGGGAUACGGCUGUGUUGGGGAUGGGGUGGGACGACUGGGAG